AAAGAAAAAAAAGAGAGAGAGAGAAAGAAAAGAAAAACAAACAAACAAAAAAAAAAAAGAGGGAGUUUUCGGCGGGGUGGGUCAGUCAGGGAGCGCAGUGACCCCGGGACGCGGGUGCGCGCAGCCGCUGCGCGGGGCGCAGCAGAGACGGGGAAGCCCCGCGGGGGGAGCGCGGAGGAGGGGAGAGAAGGGGAGGGAAGGAGGGGAAGAGAAAGUUGGGAGGAAAUAGCCCAGGAAAAGUGACACUCGCGGAGCCCGCCGGAGCGCGGAGGAAAUAAAAGCGGCGGCGGGCAGGAAGUGUGAGGAGGAGGAGGAGGAAGGGGAGAAGAAGGAGGCGGAGGAGGAGGAAAAAGAAGAAGAAGAAACAGCAGCAGCCGCUGCCGCCGCGGCAGAAAAGAAAGCAAAAGCCGCCCGAGGGCUCGGAGCCGGCGGCGCGGCAUCCGCGGGGCUGCGCCAUGGCCCGGGAGAACGGGGACGGCGGCGGCUCCUGGAAGAAGCAGGCGGAGGACAUCAAGAAGAUCUUCGAGUUCAAGGAGACACUGGGGACGGGUGCAUUCUCUGAAGUUGUUUUGGCUGAAGAGAGAGCGAGUGGGAAACUCUUUGCAGUCAAAUGCAUUCCCAAGAAGGCACUGAAGGGAAAGGAAAGCAGCAUAGAGAAUGAAAUCGCAGUGCUGAGAAAGAUCAAGCAUGAAAAUAUAGUUGCCUUGGAAGACAUCUAUGAGAGCCCGAACCAUUUAUAUUUGGUCAUGCAGUUAGUGUCUGGGGGAGAGCUCUUUGACCGCAUUGUGGAGAAGGGGUUCUACACGGAGAAGGACGCCAGCACCCUGAUCCGGCAGGUCCUGGACGCUGUGUACUACCUGCACCGCAUGGGCAUCGUGCACAGGGACCUCAAGCCUGAGAACCUGCUUUACUACAGCCAGGAUGAAGAGUCAAAAAUCAUGAUCAGUGACUUUGGAUUGUCAAAGAUGGAGGGUAAAGGAGAUGUGAUGUCCACAGCCUGUGGAACUCCUGGCUAUGUCGCCCCUGAAGUGCUGGCCCAGAAGCCCUACAGCAAAGCCGUGGACUGCUGGUCCAUAGGGGUCAUCGCCUACAUCCUGCUCUGUGGAUAUCCCCCUUUCUAUGAUGAAAACGACUCCAAACUCUUUGAGCAGAUCCUUAAGGCAGAGUAUGAGUUUGACUCUCCAUACUGGGAUGACAUCUCUGAGUCUGCUAAAGACUUCAUUCGGAACUUGAUGGAGAAGGACCCUAAUAAAAGAUACACCUGUGAGCAAGCAGCAAGGCACCCUUGGAUCGCUGGAGAUACAGCACUCAACAAAAACAUCCAUGAGUCGGUCAGCGCUCAGAUCCGGAAGAACUUUGCAAAAAGCAAAUGGAGACAAGCGUUCAAUGCCACGGCAGUCGUGCGGCACAUGAGGCGGCUACACCUCGGCAGCAGCCUGGACAGUGCCAGUGCCAGCGUGUCCAGCACCCUCAGCCUGGCCACGCCGCUCCCCGACACGGCCACGCGGAAAGAUUGUAUGUCUCCAUCCACUCUCUGUAGUUUUGUUUCAUCUGCUUCUUCAGGCGUUUCUGCGGUAGGAGGGGACCGGAGACCCAGAGCCACCACAGUGACCACAGUGCACACAGGGAGCAAGUGAGCGCCGGGGCGGCGAGGAGUGGGCAGGCAGCGGGGCUGGCAGCAGCCUCCAGCCCUCCCGCCCUGCUCGGCCAAGGACUAGAAGAAAGAAGAUUUUUUUAUGGCCAUAUUUUAUACUGCAAUUCUGAAAUGUUUCAUUUAUCACAAACUGCAAUGACUCCAGGAGGAACGGAAUCUAACAGUCUCUGGUGCUGUACAUAUAUAUACAUAUAUAUAUAUAUAAAAAUAUAUAUAUGUAUGUGAGUCUAGCAAUGUUCUAACUAAUGAACACUCAUUCUUUCCCCCAGUGAUUUACUCUUUUCUCAGUGUAGGUAAUAGUAUAUGUUGUAUUUUUUUCCAUUAACUACAAACAUCUCAACUGGAUUAUUUAAAUAGAAAUACUUUUCUGAGCAUUUUUUUUUUCUUUUAAAAAUUACUUCAAGUAAUGUCCCUCUUCCAGUUUGCUGGGGGAUAGGCUAUUUCUGUAGGUAGGAAUUGGCAUUAACUUUGCAAUGUGGGAGGAUUUUAAUGGCAUGCCAUUUCUUGCUCCUCAAAUUGGACUGCAAGUCUGGCUUUAGCAGAGCUGUUACUGCUCAGAUUAAGAAACUGCUGCUUUCCCCCCCAUCCUCCUCCUUGAAAGCCAUGGGGAGAAUUAAAUUGCCACCAGCUGGGUGUCAGCUCAUCCUAUCGUGCUGGGGAUCAGCUCCCUUGUUUCAGAGGAGAGGCAGGUACACAGAGUCAGGCAGGAGCUGACCAGAGCUGUGCAAGGCAAAUGACAGAGCACACUCCCAUCCUGCAGCUCCCAUCUCCUUCGAGUCACUGUGUGUUGGGAGCAGAGGGAAAGAAAAGGAAGAUCCAGGGGUGGCAAUCAUUCUCUUCUGCUACCGAUUUGCUGUGCUGCCCUUAAGCAAGAUAUUUAAUUCCCAGCCUCCCCGCAGUGUGGCCUCUGGUGUGGGGUGCAUUCAGCCCAAGGGCUUCACGAGAGAGAUUCUGAGCACCCACAGCUCCUUGGGACAUUGCUGAUGCUCAGCACCUCUCAGAGUAGCCAAAAACGGGGAGAGGAGAGGAGUGGUGCUCGAAGCCCUCUGUAAAGCACUGGCAAGUUCUUGGGUUCAAAGUGCAGGAUUUGGUGUAGUGUAGCUCCAUCAUGAUCAGGCUGAGGAUUGAUCAGGAGUACUGAGCUGGGAAAGCAGGAUCUUGCUGAAAGGCACAGCCACAGCUGGUGGCAGUGGUGGCUCUGGCUCUCCCUGCUCCCCAGAAGCUCAUAUACCAAAGCAAGCCCAAUUUACCUUAUUUUUAAUUACUGACUGCAUGCAUUUCCCAGGCUCUUUGUGCUGAUGCAUCAUGCAGGAACAGCCACCACAACUGCUGUGCUGCUGUGCAUUAUAGCAUGAAAGAAAGAAGAGAGCAGAUUUGCCCAGUUUGCUAAAGGGCUCCCUCCAGUUACCUCCAUGAAAUUCCCAUCUGAUUUUGCUUUGAGGAGGUGGGAGGGGAGGCAGGUGGCAGAGGCAGAUGCCCUUCAUGGGCGCUCGGAGCCUCUCACAUCCCAGACAGGUCCAUCCCUGCCAGAGGCACAACUCCCUGCAGUGUGCUCUGCUGCCACACUUGCCUCACUUAUCCUGCACAAGAAAUUGUGAAAACCAGUCACAGACAAACAUGAAUGUAUCAGGCAAUAGUGCCUGUGCUGGGAAAAGCCAUAAGAUAGGUAAUUUCAUUGAGACUUCUACAUCCUGCUCCAGCUUCAGUUGGUUGGCUUCACACAGCAGAGCUGGGAUUUCAUCCAUCAUACUGAAAAAACACUUGGGGGAAAAAAAAGGUGGAAAAGCAGGUGGCAGUGAGCACUGACUCUGAAAUAUCCACUCUUUCAGUGGCACUUGCAGCUGAUGCACCAGAUCUCUGGUUUCCUCUGUGUGAAGUUGCUCCCUGUUUCCAGAGGGCUGUGGCACAUCUGAGUGAACCCUGUGCACCCCACCGUGCUGCAGCUGGCAUGGAUACUCACAGAAAAGGCUGCAACUCCAGUUUCUCAUUUCAGGAAAGAUAGCAGAUACUGAAUUGUUGCAAAACUCCAUCUAGUUUCCACAGUGAAGACUUCUGACCAAGAUUUGGGCAGACUGAAGGGCAGGGGAUCUCCUUGCUGCAAGUCACACUCCUGUCCCCAUACCUUGGCCAUUGCCACUAUACACAUUUUAUCAGCAUUUACAUCUGAACUCUUUAUGUCUUGCUGCAAAAGCAUCAGAACAUGAGUAGAACACUACUCCAGUCCCAAGAAAUUCAAGGUAUUUUGGACCCCAUGAUUUCAUAAGCACAGCUGGCCCUAUUCUGUUCCAGUUGCAGGUUGUAAAUAGACAGUCUCCCAGUCUGGCAUCAGUGGAGUUCCCCACAUUUACACACAUGCAACCAAAAGCAGGAUUUAGUUAGGGAAUAAUUUUAUCUCUGUAGAGCAGUUUUAAAGGUUAGAGCUCAAAUGUUCCCUCUACACCUCCUCUUCUGAAACCUGAGGUUUGGUUUGAGCUUGACCUCAGCAGUUGCUGUGGCCACUGAUCAAAAUACAGCAUCCAAAUGAAUCUUGCAGAAAAAAAUAAAAGUGAGUGGAUUUCCAUCUCCAAAACAAAGAGCAGUGACAGGAGCAAAGGCAGACAUGCUGUCCUGCAGAUGGGGGGUUUCCAUGCACUGGCUGCCCCUCCUUGCUGGGUGCUUUCUGUGGUUUUUUUUUGUUGUUGUUGUUGGGAGGAGUAUUCUUUCCUUCUGUUGUUGGAAUUAGUGUGAUUUGGUUUUGUUUCUGCAAGUAAUACUCUGCCUUGGUUGUGUAAUUUAUCAUCAUUCUCUUUGGCUUGCUUUCAACUGCUGGGAUCAUAAGAUAAGAAACAGAAGCAUUUAAGAGCAAAGUUGUUUCUUUCUGCUACAGUUUUGGUGGUGGGGAGCUCCUCUUUGGUAUCAGUGAAACACAGCUGGAGACCUGACCCAGGCUCUCCAAAUGCUUACAGAUCCCUCCUGAAGCAUCUCUUGGUUGAAACUUCUCAGUUUAAAUCUGAGUAAACCUGUCAACAGGGGUGACUUGGCAGCACCCAGGCCAGAUCUGUGGGGCAGGGCUGGAGACAUUUGCCCCUUGGCAGCACAGCCUCUUAGGGCAAACACUCCAGCCUUGCUUGCCAGGGAUGCUCCAGUGCUUUUGCAUGUCCUUCCCCUGCCCCAGCCCGCUUCUGCUCAGCCACUCUCACAGGACAAUGCAAAAGUAGAAUAAAUAAUGUGGACAUGGAGGGAAUGGCCAAAUAGCCCCAUAGUAGAAGCUUCAAAACAAAUCCCCAGCUGGCCUUGCCAUGAAGGACUAGGUAGAAAAAUCGCUCUGGGCUCUUUUCCAAUGAACUGUCCUACUAAACAAUCUAUGAUUUGCUGCUUGCAUGAGGACUUCAGCCUGGACUCUGUUUGUUAUCCUUUUCUGCUUUACUUUACUGGUACCGAUGUGUUUUUCCUUUGUAACUCGUUUUCCUCAGCACCUUCCCCUUCUUUUUCUUUGCUUGCAGCUUUGAUUGUUGAUUUUUACCUCCAGAGUCACAGAGGCCAUCUCUGAUGCCAACAGCAGUGCUCUUGCUGGGAAAACAAAACAAACAAAAAAAUCCAGAAAAGCUCCAGCUGGCCCCUAAGCCUGCAGAAGAAGUUGUGAGGACAGGCUGCCCAUGAACUCUGCGAGCUGAAAGUCAGUAUUGCAGUGGCAAGGGCUUCUGCUGAUGAUUUUGCAUGUGACUUCAUUCCCAGUGCAUCCUAAGUCUCUGCUGGAUCACCCCUUCUGCAGCACGAAAUGGAUAUUGGCCCUGCACCAUGGCUAGUGGGGAAGUAGGAGUGGGGGAAAACCUGGCAGUGUUGCUUUCCUGAGACUGUCACUCUGCUGCUGCUGCUGUCCCUUUUGUCCUGGUUGUUGUUGUACAGGUGCCAUUAGAGUAGUGGGUACAAAAAAAAAAAAAAAAGGUAGGAUUUUACCUAUGCUUUGUGUGUCUGUUAUGGUUGUGGUGCUGAAAUAAAACCAAUAAAUUUGGUUCAUUCCUGAUAUGUAUCAAACCACAAAAAGGGGUGUGAUCCCACUGGUAGACAUCUCCAUGUAGUUGUGCUGUAGGCACUGAUUAGGGGUUUCUGCUGUGUGUGUGUCCUGCAUAUCUCCAUGGCUAUUGACAGUGAUUUUUUUAUUACCAGUUGUUUGGGCCCCUGCCUGGUUCUGGUGAAAUUCAGGUCUUGUCCUGAGGUUUUUUCUGUGCCAGGGCCAACAUAACCCCUGAUCUCAGGUUUUUCUCCCCAAGCCCUCUGCAAACCAGAACAUGAGCCUCCAGAGUGCCCAGAAAUGAAGCUGUAGCUGGCCCCAAAGCUGUCCCUUCCUAUUUUUAGGGAAGCAAACUGCCAGAGAAAGCCAGAUAGCUUUCAGCCAUUGGCAAACAGAGACGAUAUUGCCCUUUGAUGUGAACUUGGCAUUAACAAGAUCAGCUCUAGGGAAACCUGUGCUAUUACUUCCUCCUGUGAUAACAGCUCCAGCCCUGAGCAGCACUGAAAGAGCACCAGAUAAAAAUACCAGAUUGACUUUGCCAGCCAGAUCAUGCAGGCUGUAGCCUGUUCCUUUUGCUCUUUCCAAAGAAUAGGGGAUUCAUCUACUGGCAAAAAUAACAGUUUCUAGGCUGAGCCCCAAGGUACAGAAGAGGCUUCCAUUCAGCAUGUGGAAUUCUCAUUUGAUUAAAUUAUUCCUGUUCUUGCUCCCAUGCAUAUUUACCUGUCUGAAUUGGGCCUGAAUGCAUCCUGGAAAUUAUUAAUGGGAAGGGAGUUUUGCCUUCCUUAUUGUGCUUAUUUUCACCAGAAACUCAAACACUCAUCCAAGCAAAAAGCAGAAACACACAUGGAGAUUACAAUAUCCAAGGAAAACAGCAUCAAGACCAAGAGUGGAGGAUUAGUUGGCAAAUCACUGUCAGCAAUGGCUGAGUGAGGGAACAGCAACCUGCUCACAAACACUGCAUGAACUCUUGUUUCCCCUGGUGAACCAGUCAUCCCAUAUUUCAUGCCCAGCAGCAAGUUUUACCCAAUCCCUUCUGUUUUCCCUCACAUCCCUGUGGCCGGGUCCUGCCUUCCCACCCUGCCUGUGGGCGCUCUGGUCUCUGUGACACAUGUGUGUGUUUGUGUGUGCACAUGUGUGUUGUGGCCCCAGGGAUCACAGAUCCCUCCUGUGGGAGAUCAGGAGCUGGCCCAGGUUUUUUGGUCUGACUUUGCACGGUGGGUCAAAGCUGUGUGAUUAGUGUUUGUAGCGGAGGAUAGAGGCUCUCCAGCCUGGACUCUGGUUUUCAAGACUCCCUUCCCCACCACAAAUAGUGCCACCUAUCUGUCCAGGCAGACUUUUUUCCCCCCUCUCUUCGUAAAUGCUAAGGUCGGUUGAAUGGCUCUUACAGUUUUUCCAUACUCCAGAGUGGAAUCAGGGCAUGUGCACUCACAAGCGUUGUGAAAAAAUCAGUGCUGAACUAAUGAUGGCAUCAGCUGUCCAAUAAAUGCAUGAUACUGCACUGCAUGUAUUAAACUGCUGUUCACUGUUUCUGUAUUUCCCAAGCCUUUUCUUUAUGCACAUUCAACCCAACCUUCUCUCUGAGGGAAUUACUUCUGUGUAUUGCUUUUAAAUGACUCAAUGUAUCUGUAACUCGAAAUCCAUUGUUAUGUUUCAGUAAAUGCAAAAGCUGAUGUUUUGUAAACAAAAAUACUGCAAAGCCUGGUAAUGUAUUUUGUCUUUCUGUUGAGUGCUCUGCAGCAUGUACAGGAAGAGUCACCAUCCAGAGCAGCUUAAAAUUAGGCAGCAGUCACAUACACAGGUGUAGAAGCAGGGAGCUGGGGAGGUGAGAAUCCCUUUUUUAAUACAACAUUUACAAUUAGAUCUGCAUCAAAAAUUUCUUCCCUGGGUCACUAAUGCGUAGAGCUACCAAAAUCAUGUUGGUAUGUCUCUUUGUUUUUUCCUUUUUUCCUUUUGGUUUGUUUUUCUUAAUGAAAAUUCUGAUUGGUUCGCUCAAUUCUUAGUAUUUUUCUCUUCCUACAAGAUAUUUCUUUCUCACCUGUUGCAUAAUGAACUGCAUCUUGGGGAUUAAGAUACUGUGAUUCUUUGCACAAAAUAGGACAGAGAACUGAGCUAAACUAUCCCAUCCUUUCCAAAGCAUCACCACCUAAAUAUUACCAUUUUAUCUCCAACUAAUACCAUUUAUCCAUGGAAGAGUUUGAUGUAGUACUUCUCCUUCUUCCACAUGGAAACCAUGCCCUUGCCUUCUCUUCCCUUAGCCAUUGACCCAUUUUCAUCCGUGCUGGUCUUUCCAAGGCAGGGCACAGGAUGGCUCCAUGGUACUUGCAUUAGCUCCAGCCCAAACCUCUUGUGGGCAUCAGCAAUGUUUUGGUGCCAGCUCCUGAGUGACUGUUGUGCAGAAGAUGCUCGAGCUCCCAACACUCAAAGCUGUCACCUGAAAGGACUGGGAAAUUGCUCUGUGUUCCUGGCAAGGGCAUGCCAAGCAGCAGGCCUGGGAGGCAAGCACCAUGCUGGUGGCAUAGUCCUUGGAAAUUAUUCUCCAUGGUGGCUGAAAACACCAAGAAGCCUUGAGCCCCGCUUCAAGGCUGGUGCUCAGGCAGGGCUGUGCCACUGCCAAAUCACUGUAAGGCAGCACAACAGAUCAUCAAUUACAGUUGUAAACCAGCCUGAGUUCACAUUGCUGAGGCAGCACCAGGCUCCAUGAGGAGGUGGAUGUGUGCUGUGGUUCCUGGUGGGUGGGAGCUCCUAGGGGUUGCUUGGAGCAGCUCUGAGCUUUUCCAUCUCUCAUCUUGCAUCCCCUGAGCCCAGCAUGGCAUCACACAGGCUGAGUCUUAUUAGAUCAAGCAUGACCCCCAAAGUAAAGAGUGUGGAAAGUUGCAGCUCUGUUGGUGCAAAUCAAGUUUUGGUCAACACAACAUCAGUGACCUGCUGUACAUUGACCUCUAGUUCAGAAACAAUAUUUUGACCCGUUUGGGCCUUUUUUUAGAUAGAUAUUUUAUUUGAGCCAGAAAACAGUGAGAAAAAAAAAAAGCCUAGUCUGCCCAGAAUAGUGACUCCCCAAAUAUCCCCAACUGCAAAACAUCCCUCAGUUGACUUCUAAUGAAAAUGCAAGCAUGUUUUCUACAAAGGCUUAAAUCUUAAUCAAGGAAUGUCAGUGUGCCUAAUAUUGCAGGUCUUGUGAUUGAUAACAAGUUCAUAACAGCAUCCAUGUCCAAAAAGAAGGGAAAAUGUGUAUUUACUCCAUGCAUGUAUUAAGGCAUUGCAAAAGUUUUAUCUGCGUAAUGAGUUUGCAGUUCUGCAAAUUGUUAAUGGGGCUACAUCGCAAGUGGUUCUCUGCCUUGACAAUCAUGUAUACAUAUCGAGAUUUCUAUCAUAAUGACAAUUUAAAGGGAUGACUAAUUGUUUUCCUCCAAUAAAUCCAAUUAAAUCA